CUUCCCGGUCAACAUAGGCACUCUGUUUACAUUUUAUUGAUGCUAAACUACAUUUGAUUUCGAGGCGUAGGCAUCUAUGCUUUUCUACAGACUAUUUCUUCUACACUUCGUAUUAACAAUCCUGAAAGCAUUUCCUUUAGUAAUGGCAAAUUCCGUUGCUUUUCACACUCAGCUAGCUUCCAUCAUGGAGGUUUUGGCUAAUGCGGCCGUGGCUGAAAUCUGCGAGCUUGUUGACAAUGGCUAUGCCGUCCUGCAUGUGGAGAUAUCUCGAGGCCAGAAGGAGAAUGAAGCUUUGAGGAGAAAACUACGGCUGAUGGAGAUGAAAGUGUCUAGUGCGAGUGCUCUGAGAGAGGGAAUGGGAAACUCCAUCCUUCUGCACAGUCGCUCUCGAGCUCACCUUGGCAUGGAAUCGAAAAAGACAUCAAACAGCGAGGUACGAUGUCGGAGAGCAAUUGAUUCCCAGUUGGUUACCAGCAUGUUUAGGCACAGAGAGUCCUCAGGUGACACUGGACAAACGACAACACAGAGAAAGCCUGCAGGGUUGGAAGAGAGAAACCCCAAAUCACCUACCAUCAAAGAGGAGAUGUGGGAUGAAUCCUGGGAGAAUCAUGACCAGUGGGAGAGACUGAGUAGCGGAGCUUUAAAUCACAGUGCUGAUGGAGGAGAAAGGCAAUCCAACGUCGACACAGAGGCUGCUCAACCAAUCAGCAAACAGGAGAACGCCAGCUCUUGUUUAUGGGUGAGUGGUGAAACGGACAACAGCCUCCUGCCAGGAUCAAAUAACCCGAGUGUGAACAAAAGAUCUUUAAACCCAGGACUGGAAAAUGGUGAUGGAAUACUUAACAGUGUGGGCCUUGAUUGUAUGAUGUUUGAGCCCCACAGACAACUUGGGACCCUUAGCUCACAGGGUCCUGGGGCUGAUCUUCCCGAGUGCUCUUACUCUCAUGUGGAUGUUGUACCUACUCAAUCGGAUUCAGAGAAUGGAUUUUCCUAUGAAAUGAACAAAGUGAUUCCCUCCAUAACUGAGCACAAAAAACCUGUAGCUUACCAGGACGGUAGACAGAGGGCGCCGUUGCCCUCAGAGCCUCACAGGACUGUAGGAAAAGGCAUGGAAACGGGAUCCAAUGCUUUGGUAAUGACGGAUGGUUUGGUCUCCCAUGACAGUCAUAACAAUGAUGGGAGUAACAAUGGCGACGUCUCAGCAGGUAAGCUGUUAAUUUGUAGUUUCUGCGGUAAGACUUUGGCUUGUCUGAAGAAUCUCAAGACACACCUGAGGGUUCAUACCGGGGAGAAGCCAUUCAGCUGCGCACAGUGCGGGAAGCGCUUCUCUGACUCCAGCAACCUCAAGCGACACCAGAGCGUUCACACGGGGGAGAGACGCUACGGCUGCAGUCACUGCGGCAAGCGCUUCGCACAGUCGGGCUCACUCAAAGUCCACAUGAGCGUACACACGGGAUGUAAGCAGUUCAGAUGCCUGCACUGUGGGAAGACUUUCAUAUCGGCCAAUCACCUCAACAGACACAUCAGUGUUCACGAUGGAUAAAUACUUCUACCAACAACUUUUCAAUGAGUGAAAGCAUACCUAAACGUGCUUCAGCCAAGCUUAAACAGAAAAGGGACUCGGAGGUUGGCAUUUAUUGGGAUGACCCUGCUCUGCAGGGUAGUCAGCCACAGUCAUAAAAUCAGCUUUUUAAACCAAACACUAAACUUAAAUUAAGACCAAAAAGCUAAAACAAAAACAAUUUGUACUAUAUACAGUGCUUUCGGA